AUGAUUGAAGAAUGCGAGUUGCCGGGCGAUUCAAAUGAUGAUCAUUUAGAGUUAAAAAUUACUAAUCCAAAUGAUCCAUCAGAUAAAGUUGCUAUUCAAAUUGAUAAACUUGCUAUUGGUAUAAAAAAUAAAACGAAAACAGAAUUUUCAACUGAAAUUGAAAAAAUUAAAAUAUUAGAAAAAGAAGAACAACAAGCUAUUGAAGGUACAUCUAUUAUUUAA